UUAACAUUAUUUUUUAUUGUUCUUUGGUUAAUCAUAUUUCAGGUAUUACGUACGUGGAAAGCACAGAAAUAUGCAAACAACCAAUAGCUAAAAGCAGCAACUUGACUGCUUCAAGUGAAUAUGGGAAAAAAGACGCCACCCACAUGUACGGAGCGGAGAGGGGUUACCUCGAUACAAAGGAAGAGGUUAUCAAUGGUGUAACGGAAAUAGGGGGAUGGGCGGCGGCCACCAACGACCAGAAUCAGUUUAUACAGGCGACGUUUUCUCGACCCCAUUUGAUCCGUGAUAUUAUUACUCAAGGACGGCACGGAUGCUGCUCACAAUGGGUGACGUCAUACAGCCUGCAGUACAGUUACGACUGCAAGCAAUGGAAGACGGUUGGCGGAGUGAAUGCCACGAUCUUUAAAGGAAAUGCCGAUGAAGAUAGCAAAGUAACAAACAAACUAUCUUGUCCUAUUUGGGCAAGAUGCGUCCGAGUUGUCCCCAAAACAUGGAAUAGCCAAAUUGCUAUGAGACUUGAGUUUUUGGGAUGUCCAAUCAAAAUGCCAGGAGCCCCAACAAGUCCCUCCUCUACAGCUGUAAACAGUGCACCACCAUCCACAACUCUACCCGUAACGACAGUCCACCUGCCGACAGGUGUGGCUUCUAACUAUAACCCCUUGGACCCCGUGGACUGUAAACGCUCCCUGCUGGCCUACAACUGCAGUAUCCCCCUCAUUCGCCAGCACUGCAAGCAUUCUUGUGGUAAUUCUUCAACAAAUGCUUCCACUACAAUCACUGUCUCGGCGACAACAGUAAAUCAAAACUCGGCAUCAACCGUAAGUGCAAGCAACGCGACUCAGCUAACAGCAACAACCAGUGGCGCAAACAACGCAACAUCUCCGCUAGCAACAACUAGUCAACAAGGAAAUUCCCAAACAUCGGCAACUCAGUCAUCGUCCUCUGGAUCUACUAACGCCACCCAGAGCAUCCGCCUGCCUUCCACCCCACCUCCCUGUGAUGAAUACCUCGUCUCUGGAACCAAUCCUGUGCCAGAUAGCCACAUUACUGCUUCAAGUGAGUACGGAACACACGAUCCGAAACACGACUAUAGCGCGGCAAGAGCCCGGAUUAACAAUACCGAAACCAAGAACUCCCAGGGGGUCACGCAGAUGGGGGCAUGGACAGCAGAUAUUUUGGACAAGAACCAAUACAUACGGGUGGAGCUGAACCAGCAGAGCACAAUCAAGGCCAUUGUGACGAAAGGACGAGAUGGCUGCUGCAAGCAGUGGGUGACAAAGUACGUUAUGAUGUAUAGCACAGACGGAAAGCAUUGGCAGGAAUACGGCUCUAAUCCAGCACAUGUUUUUAAGGGCAAUUCAGAUGAAAAUUCACCAGAAAUCAAUACACUGUCAACCCCAAUUCAAGCAAAAUAUGUAAUGAUACAUCCAUUAGAAUGGAACCAUCACAUAGCAAUGAGGUUUGACUUGAUUGGAUGUCCUAUUGUUCAACAAACAUCACCAGGUGUUGCACAAAGCACUAUCAUCUCUACAACAUCAACAGUACAACCAACAGGCUCAUCUUUAGCAACAACACAAACAUCACAAACAACAGGAUCUACAACAGCAACCUCACAGACUGGAUCAACGAUAACAACACAAACCACAGGAUCCUUAAAAACAACUAAAACCUCUCCUUCAACCACAUCCUCACAAACAUCUGGAUCCUCUGCUUCAAUACAAAGCACAGGGCCAACAACAUCUUCACAAACAUCUGGAAUGUCUCAAUCAACACAAACCACAGGAUCUACAUCAACUACAUCAACAUCUUUGCAAACAACUGGGACCUCUGCUUCAACACAAAGCACAGGAUCUACAACAACAUCUUCCCAAAUGACUGGAAGCUCUCAAUCAACACAAACCACAGGGUCUACAACAUUCUCACAAACAACUGGAACAUCUCAUUCAACACAAAGCACAGGCUCCACAACAACAUCUUCACAAACAUCUGGAACUUCUAAAUCAACACAAAGUACAGGACCUUCAACAACAUCCUCACAAACAACUGGAACAUUUUCAAUUUCAACCACAGGGUCAUCAUCAUCUUCUUCACAAACAACUGGAUCGUCUGCUUCAACACAAACUACAGGAUCUACACCAACAUCUACACAAACAACUGGAUCAUCUCCUUCACCCUCAACCACAGGGUCAUCAACCACACCUUCACAAACAACUGGAUCGUCUGCUUCAACACAAACUACAGGAUCUACACCAACAUCUACACAAACAACUGGAUCAUCUCCUUCACCCUCAACCACAGGGUCAUCAACCACACCUUCACAAACAACUGGAUCGUCUGCUAUAACACAAACUACAGGAUCUACACCAACAUCUACACAAACAACUGGAUCAUCUCCUUCACCCUCAACCACAGGGUCUUCAACCACACCUUCACAAACAACUGGAUCGUCUGUUUCAACACAAACUACAGGAUCUACACCAACAUCUACACAAACAACUGGAUCAUCUCCUUCACCCUCAACCACAGGGUCAUCAACCACACCUUUACAAACAACUGGAUUGUCUGCUUCAACACAAACUACAGGAUCUACAUCAACAUCUACACAAACAACUGGAACAUCUUCAACCCCAACCACUGGGUCAUCAACAACAUCCUCACAAAUGACUGCAACAUCUCCUUCAACCUCAACUACAGGGUCAUCAACCACAUCUUUACAAACCACUGGAUCGUCUCUUUCACCCUCAACCACAGGGUUAUCAACCACAUCUUUACAAACCACUGGAUCGUCUCUUUCACCCUCAACCACAGGGUUAUCAACAACAUCUUCACAAACGUCUGGAUCAUCUGCUUCAACACAAACUACAGGAUCUUCAACAGCAUCUUCACAAACAACUGGAACAUUUUCUUCAACUCCAAUCACGGGGUCUACAACAACAUCCCCACAAACAAGUGGAACAUCUCCUUUCACCUCAACCACAGGGUCAUCAACCACACCUUCACAAACAACUGGAUCAUCUGCUUCAAUACAAACUACAGGAUCUACACCAACAUCUACACAAACAACUGGAUCAUCUCCUUCAUCCUCAACCACAGGGUUAUCAACAACACCUUCACAAACAACUGGAUCAUCUGCUUCAACACAAAGCACAGGGUCUACAACAACAUCCUCACAAACGACUGGAACAUCUACUUCAACCUCAACUACAGGGUCAUCACCCACAUCUUUACAAACCACUGGAUUAUCUGCUUCAACCUCAACUACAGGAUCUACACCAACAUCUAUGCAAGCAACUGUUACAUCUCCUUCAACCUCACUUACAGGGUCUACAACAACAUCCUCACAAACAACAGGAACAGCUCCUUCAACCUCAACUACAGUGUCAUCAACAACAUCCUCACAAACAACUGGAACAUCUUUAACCUCAACCACAGGGUCCUCAACAACAUCUUCACAAACGACUGGAUCAUCUGCUUUAACACAAACUACAGGGUCUACAUCAACAUCUACACAAACAACUGGAACUUCUCCUUCAACCAAAACCACAGGUUACACAACAACAUCCGCACAAACAACUGGAACAUCUCUUUCAACCUCAACUACAGGGUCAUCAACAACAUCCUCACAAACAACUGGAACAUCUUUAACCUCAACCACAGGGUCAUCAACAACAUCUUCACAAACAACUGGAACAUCUCCUUCAACCCAAACCACAGGGUCUACAACAACAUCAGCACAUAUGACUGGAACAUCUCCUUCAACCCCAACCACAGGGUCUUCAACAACAUCCUCACAAACAACUGGAACAUCUUUAACCUCAACCACAGGGUCAUCAACAACAUCUUCACAAACAACUGGAACAUCUCCUUCAACCCAAACCACAGGGUCAUCAACAACAUCAGCACAAACGAUUGGAACAUCUUCUUCAACCCCAACCACAGGGUCUUCAACCACAUCUUCACAAACAACUGGAUCAACUGCUUUGAAACAAACUACAGGAUCUACAACAACAUCUUCACAAACAACUGGAACAUCUUCUUCAACCCCAACCACAAGGUCUACAACAACAUCCUCCCAAACAACCAGAACAUCACCUUCAAGCUCAAACACAGGGUCAUCAACAUCAACUACACAAACAACUGGAAAACCUUUAACCUCAACCACAGGGUCAUCAACAACAUCUUCACAAACAACUGGAACAUCCCCUUCAACCCAAACCACAGGGUCUACAACAACAUCAGCACAAACGACUGGAACAUCUCCUUCAACCCCAACCACAGGGUCUUCAACAACAUCCUCACAAACAACUGGAACAUCUCCUUCAACCUCAACUACAGGGUCAUCAACCACAUCUUCACAAACAACUGGAUCAACUGCUUUGAAACAAACUACAGGAUCAACAACAACAUCUUCACAAACAACUGGAACAUCUUCUUCAACCCCAACCACAACGUCUACAACAACAUCCUCCCGAACAACCAGAACAUCACCUUCAAGCUCAAACACAGGGUCAUCAACAUCGACUACACAAACGACUGGAUCAUCUGCUUCAACACAAACUACAGGAUCUACAACAACAUCUUCCCAAACCACUGUAACAUCUCCUUCAACCCCAACCACAGGGUCUACAACAUUCUCACAAACAACUGGAACUUCUUCUUCAACCUCGACUAUAGGGUCAUCAACAACAUCUUCCCAAACAUCUGGAACAUCUUCUUCACCCUCAACUACAGGGUUAUCAACAACAUCUUCACAAACGUCUGGAUCAUCUGCUUCAACACAAACUACAGGAUCUACAACAACAUCUUCACAAACAACUGGAACAUCUCCUUCAACCCCAAGCACAGGGUAUACAACAGUAUCCUCACAAACAACUGGAAUAUCUCCUUCAAUCUCAAACACAGGGUCAUCAACAACACCCUCACAAACAACUGGAUCAUCUUCAACCCCAACAACUGGGUCAUCAACAACAUCCUCACAAACAACUGGAACAUCUCCUUCAACCUCAACUAUAGGGUCAUCAACAACAUCUUCCCAAACAUCUGGAACAUUUUCUUCACCCUCAACUACAGGGUCAACAACAACAUCUUCACAAACGUCUGGAUCAUCUGCUUCAACACAAACUACCGGAUCUACAACAUCAUCUUCCCAAACCACUGGGACAUCUUCUUCAACCCCAAGCACAGGGUAUACAAUAGUAUCCUCACAAACAACUGGAAUAUCUCCUUCAAUCUCAAACACAGGGUCAUCAACAACAUCCUCACAAACAACUGGAACAUCUUCAACCCCAACCACAGGGUCUUCAACAACAUCCUCACAAAUGACUGCAAUGUCUCCUUCAACCUCAACUACAGGGUCAUCAACCACAUCUUUACAAACCACUGGAUCAUCUCCUUCACCCUCAACCACAGGGUUAUCAACAACACCUUCACAAACGUCUGGAUCAUCUGCUUCAACACAAACUACAGGAUCUACAACAACAUCUUCCCAAACAACUGUAACAUCUCCUUCAACCUCAAUUACAGGGUCUACAACAAUAUCCUCACAAACAACUGUAACAUCUCCUUCAACCCCAACCACAGGGUCUACAACUACAUCUACACAAACGACUAGAACUUUUCCUUCAACCUCAACUACAAGGCCAUCAACAACAUCUUCCCAAACAACUAAAACACCUUUAACCUCAACCACAGGGUCAUCAACAUCUUCACAAACCACUGGAACAUCUACUUCAACUCCAACCACAGGCUCUACAACAACGUCUACACAAACAACUGGAACAUCUCCUUCAACCCCAACCACAGGGUCUACAACAACAUCUACACAAACAACUGGAACAUCUCCUUCAACCCCAACCACAGGGUCAUCAACAACAUCUUCCCAAACGACUGGAACAUCUCCUUCAACCCAAAUCACAGGGUCAUCAACUACAUCUUCACAAACGACUGGAUCAUCUGCUUUAACACAAACUACAGGACCUGCAACAACAUCCUCACAAACAACUGGAACAUCUCCUUCAACCUCAACUACAGGGUCAUCAACAACAUCUUCUCAAACAACUGCAACAUCUUCGACCCCAACUACAGGGUCAUCAACUACAUCUUCACAAACGACUGGAUCAUUUGCCUUAACACAAACUACGGGAUCUGCUACAACAUCUACACCAACUACUGGAACAUCCCCUUCAACCCCAACCACAGGCUUUACAACAACAUCUACACAAACGACUGGAACUUCUCCCACAAUCUCAUCUACAGGGUCGUCAACAACAUCUACACAAACAACUGGAUCAUCUCCUACAACCUCAACCACAGGGUCAUCAACUACAUCCCGACAAACAGCCGGAACAUCUUCAACCCCAACCACAGGGUCAUCAACAACAUCUACACAAACGACUGGAUCAUCUGCUUCAACUCAAACUACAGGGUCUACAUCAACAUCUACACAAACGACUGGAACUUCUCCUUCAACCCCAACCACAGGAUCUACAACAACAUCCGCCCAAACAAGUGGAACAUCUCCAUUUACCUCAACUAAAGGUUCAUCAACAACAUCUUCACAAACGACUAAAAAACCUUUAACUUCAACCGCAGGGUCAUCAACAACACCUUCACUAACGUCUGGAUCAUCUUCUUCAACACAAACUACAGGAUCUACAACAAUGUAUACACAAAUGACUAGAACAUCUCCUUCAACCCCAACCACAGGGUCAACAACAACAUCUUCACAAACGACUGGAACAUCCCCUUCAACCCAGACCACAGGGUCUACAAUAACAUCCAAACAAACAACUGGAACAUCUCCUUCAACCCCAACCACAGGGUCAUCAACAACAUCUUCCCAAACCACUGGAACAUCUCGUUCAACCCAAACCUCAGGGUCUAAAACAACAUCUACACAAACAAGUGGAACAUCUCCUUCAACUUCAACUACAGGGUCAUCAACAACAUCUUCCCAAACCACUGGAACAUCUCGUUCAACCCAAACCUCAGGGUCUAAAACAACUUCUUCCCAAACAACUGUAACAUCUCCUUCAACCCCAACCACAGGGUCAUUAACAACAUCAACACAAACAACUGGUUCAUCUGCUUCAACCUCAACUACAGGGUCUACAACAACAUCUUACCAAACAACUGUAACAUCUCUUUCAACCCCAACCACAGGGUCAUCAACAACAUCUUCACAAACAACUGGAUCAUCUGCUUCAACCUCAACUACAGGGUCAUCAACAACAUCCCCACAAACAAAUGGAACAUCUCCUUCAACCCCAACCACAGGGUCAUCAACUACAUCUUCACAAACGGCUGGAUCAUCUGCUUUAACACAAACUACAGGACCUGCAACAACAUCUUCCCAAAUAACUGUAACAUCUCCUUCAACCUCAACCACAGGGUCAUCAACAACAUCUACACAAACGACUGGAUCAUCUGCUUCAAAACAAACUACAGGAUCUACAACAACAUCUACACAAACAACUGGAACAUCCCCUACAACCUCAACCACAGGGUCAUCAACAACAUCUUCCCAAACAUCUGGAACCUCUCCAUCAACCCAAACCACGGGGUCAUCAACCCCAUCUUCACAAACAACUGGAUCGUCUGCUUCACAAAAAACCAAAGGGUCAACAACAACACUCUCACAAACAUCAGGAACCUCUCAAUCAACACAAACAACAGGGUUAACAACGUCCUCACAUACAUCUGGAAUGUCUUCAACCCCAACCACAAGGUUAUCAACCACAUUGUCACAAACAACUGGAACCUCUCCAUCAAUACAAACCACAGGAACAACAACUACAUCUUCAAAAACAAGUGGCGCCUUUUCUUCAACACAAACCACAAGACCUUCAACAACAACUUCACAAACAUCUGGAACCUCUCCAUCAACACAAACCACGGGGUCCUCAACCACAUCUUCACAAACAACAGGAACCUCUCCUUCAACACAAACCACAGGAUCUACAACAUACUCACAAACGUCUGGAACCUCUCCUUUAACACAAACUACAGGAUAUACAACAUCCCCACAAACUGGAACUUCUUUUUCAACACUAACCACAGGAUCUUCAACAGCAACAACACCACAAACCACGGGAACUGUUACAUCCAGUAAUUUUGUAACAAAUAGUUCUACUACCAUUUCAACAAUAGCUCCAUUGUACAAUCCAAAAGAUCCAAUUGACUGCAAACGAGCAAUAGCUUCAUUUGGAUGUUCUCAACCAAUUUUAAUAACUCACUGUCCAUUGACCUGUGGAGCAGCUCCAAGUAGUUCAGUUUCUUCACAUUCACCUCUGUCAGCAACAAUGGCCGCCCUCACUACCAGCAAUGCAAGGUCUACCACUACUGCAGCAGCACAACAAAUGACCACCACAACUUUAAAACCCAAAGUACACAAAUCUACCCCGGGGAGCCCCUCUCAGACAACAGCUGUUAUAAAGACAACAACAGCCAACAUUCUUCCUUCUGGGUCAGCCUCGUUUUACGACCCUCGUGACCCCCCAGACUGCAUGCGAACACUUCUAACGUAUCCUUGCAGUCUCAACAUCAUACAAAUGCAUUGCAAAUAUUCAUGUGCAUCACAAAAGAAGCCAAAUGGAUAACAUUUUUCUGAAGGGAAGAUAAUAUAUUGUGUACCUUUGUUAAAACAAUGGAAAUAUGUGAUACAAUGUGACAAUUCAUUAAAUUGUUCCAUUAUUGGUAAAAAUUUUGUUU